AUGAAAGACAUCGGUGAUGCGUCUUAUGUCAUUGGCAUUAAGAUUCAUAGAGAUAGACAUCAAGUUAUUGUCUUUAUGGCUAAGAAUAACAAAUGUGAUAGUCGAAGAAAGCAUAUCGACAUCAAGUAUCUAGCCAUAAGAGAACAUGUUAAAGCUAAGAAAGUGGUCAUUCAACACGUUAGCACUAAACUGAGUCAAAACAAUUUUCAUGGAGACCUGAAGGGGCUUAUUUUUCCUAACAUUCAGAGGCUCUACUUGGGUGGUAAUGGUUUCACCGGAAAGAUACCUGUUUUGUUGUCCAAUGCACCAAAUCUUGUCCAGCUAGAUUUGACAGCUAACAAGUUCACUGGAUCCAUACCCUUAAGUUUUGGAAAACUCAUGGCUCUCCUUUUCCUUAAUGUCAAUUCUAAUCAGCUCAUAAGUGAUGAUCUAAAUUUUCUUACUCCAUUAACAAAUUGUAGCAGGCUACAGUUUCUUGAUAUUGCCUACAACCAGUUCACUGGCGAGCUCCCCUGCUCGAUUGGUAACUUAUCAUCCCAGUUGAGUUGGCUAAACUUUUACAAUAAUUAUAUACAUGGGAGUAUUCAUGCAGAAUUUCCAAAUCUUGUUGGUUUAAACACAUUAGGGAUGGGCCUAAACUACUUAACAGUUGACCUUUCUCACAACAGCAUAAACGGGACCAUUCAGAAACAUUUCAUCGGUCUUUUCAUAUUUUCUAGAACACUUAACUUGUCACAUAAUUGCUUGAUUGGUGCAUUGCCUAGUGAUGUUGGAAACAUGCAACUUCUGGAUGCACUUGAUGUUUCAUACAAUAGAUUGUCCGAUGAGAUACCUAAUGAGAUAGGCCAAUGUUUUUCUUUAAACAAGCUUUAUCUUCAGUUUAACCUCUUCCAAAGAACCAUUCCAAAUAUGGGACAAUUGACGGGCAACGUUCCCUUAGAUGGUGUGUUCAAGAAUACUAGUUUAGUUGAAAUAGAAGGAAACAACCUUUGUGGGGGAAUCUCACAGCUAGAUUUACAUCCAUGCGUUGUAACAAACAAAGGGAAACCAAGAAAGAAAGAUGUUUCACUUAAGGUCACGCUGGCAAUGGUCAUUACAUUUUCUUUCUUGCUUCUGGCAUUAUCCACAUUCACCUUCAUUUACAAGAAGAAGAACUCAAGAACUGAACUUCCUCCGACACCAUCAUCCGAGGAUAUCCACUUCCACCCCAAAAUAAUAUACAAGGAGCUUCAUAAUGCAACCAGGGGAUUCUCAUCACAGAAUCUGAUUGGGAUCGAUAACUUUGGCAGAGUAUACGAAGGAGCUCUUCCCCCAAGUGAAAUAGCUAUUGCAGUUAAGGUUCUUGAUCUCCAACAGAAAGGAGCUUCCAAAAGCUUACUAGCUAAAUGCCAAGCAUUAAGUAACAUUCACCACAGAAACCUCAUAAAGGUUCUAAGUAUAUGCUCAAGUUCUGAUUUACAGGGAAACGAUUUCAAGGCUCUUAUAUACCAAUUCCUGCCAAAUGGGAGCUUGGAUAAGUGGCUGCAUCCUCAAGAAAGACAACGUGUAUAUUGCCCAACACCGGUAGUUCAUUGUGAUCUAAAUCAUAGCAAUGUGCUUCUUGACAAUGAUCUGAAAGCUCAUGUUAGUGAUUUUGGCAUCGUGAGGGUGCUUGUAAAGUUCAACAGAGAAACUAAUGUGAAUCAGUUAAGCUCCUUGGUUAUUAAAGGAACCAUUGGAUAUACAGCUCCAGGUUAUAUACUUAAGUACAAUUAUAAAUAUCUGUUAGAAGCUAUGCAUCCACCAAAACAAUGCAUGGAAGGACCUGGUUAUCUACCAGUUCCCUUAUGCAGUGGAACAAGAAAAUAA